CGGCGCUGCGCGGGGCCGCCCGUGGGGCUGCGCGGGGCUGCGCGGAGCCGCCCGCGGGCGCGGCGCUGCCUGCACGGCGGGCGGCGCAUGCUCGGGCGCCGCCUCCCCGCCGCGGGGCCGCCCCGCGGGAAGGGGCGGAGGUUGCGCGGCGGCGGCGGGGCAGCGCGGGCGCGGGCGCGGGGCCGCCAUGCCCGCCAAGUCCAAGUACAACCUGGUGGACGACCGGCACGACCUGCGCGUCCCGCUGCACAACGAGGACGCCUUCCAGCACGGCAUCUGCUUCGAGGCCAAGUAUAUUGGAAGCCUGGAUGUGCCGCGGCCGAACAGCAGGGUGGAGAUUGUGACAGCAAUGCGGCGGAUCCGGUAUGAGUUUAAAGCCAAGAACAUCAAGAAGAAGAAAGUGAGCCUCAUCGUCUCGGUGGAUGGCGUGAAGGUCAUUCUGAAAAAGAAGAAGAAGUUUCUUUCAUUGCAGAAAAAAGAGUGGGCCUGGGAUGAGAACAAAAUGCUCGUCAUGCACGACCCUAUCUACAGGAUAUUCUACGUGUCCCAUGACUCCCAGGAUCUAAAGAUCUUCAGCUACAUUGCCAGGGAUGGGUCUAGCAAUGUCUUCAGGUGUAACGUCUUCAAGUCCAAGAAGAAGAGCCAAGCCAUGCGCAUCGUCCGGACGGUGGGACAGGCGUUCGAGGUCUGCCACAAGCUGAGCCUCCAGCACACCCAGCAAAACGCAGACGGGCAGGAGGACGGCGACAGCGAGAGGAACGGGGACGACCUGGACGUCCCAGGCUGCCGCCUGGGCGGUGCGGAGAAGGCGGCCGCCUCUGCGGAGGAGACGGACAUCGACGCCGUGGAGCUCCCGCUGGCGGGGACCGACGUGCUGGAGUUCAGCCGGGGGGUGACGGACCUGGACGCCGUGGGGCGGGAUGCGAGCGCCUACGCUGACGCCAAGGGCUGCCUCCACUCGGAAAGCAUCCUGAUGGCGUCACCCAAAAUGCUGCUGCCCUCCUCUGCCCAGCUGCCCGACCUGGGCACGCCGCUCUCGGCCCACCACCAAAUGCAGCUCCUCCAGCAGCUCCUGCAGCAGCAGCAGCAGCAGACGCAAGUGGCCGUGGCACAGGUUCACUUGCUGAAGGACCAGCUGGCCGCGGAGGCCGCCGCGCGCCUGGAGGCGCAGGCUCGAGUGCACCAGCUCCUGCUGCAGAACAAGGACUUGCUGCAGCACAUCUCGCUCCUGGUGAAGCAGGUGCAGGAGCUGGAGCUGAAGCUCUCGGGGAACACCACCAUGGGCUCCCAGGACAGUCUGCUGGAGAUCACCUUCCGCUCCAACGCGCUCCCUGUGCUCUGCGACCCCACCACCCCGCAGCCCGAGGACACCCACCCGCCGCCGCUGGGCCCGGGCUCUGGCUUCCCCGGCGCCCUGGGCAGCCCCAUAGGUAGGAACGACUGCCUGGUGAAGCUGGAGUGCUACCGGUUCGUGCCGGGCUCGGGGCCGUGCGCCCCGGAGCCGCUCCUGGGCAGCCUGGAGCUCAUCAAGUUCCGCGAGUCAGGCAUUGCCUCCGAGUACGAGUCCAACACGGACGAGAGCGAGGAGCGUGACUCGUGGUCCCAAGAGGAACCGCCACGCCUGCUCAACGUCCAGCCCAGGCAGGACCUGGGCGACAGCCUGGAGGACGAGAUCGCGGUGUAGGGACGGCGGGAGGUGGUGCGGAGCAGCCGGGACCCCUGAUCCCGGUCUCUUCUGCUGCAGAGGUGCUGCCUGACCGGGCCGUGAGGCAACGCCAGGCUGCUCUUUCCCCAGCUGGUGCCACGUGCCGGGUCUCAGCGCAGGGAGCCUUGCAAUGGUCCCAGCUUUAGGGAGGCAAGGAUGUGCCCGAGUAUUGCCGCGGUCCCUCCGUCAGGAGAGCAUGCCCGCAGCAGCCUGCCGGGAGCAGGGCGCAGACUCCUCCUUCCCUUGGCCGCAUACCCCUGCUGUCAGCCGCGUUGUCCUGAGCCCAGCCAGGCCUCAGCACCUUUUGCUUUGCCCCAGGCUCCACAGCACGCAGCUGGGAAACCUGAGGAGAUGGGGAUGGAGCAGCUCUCAGUGCGGUGACUGGCGUCGGCUGGUCACGUCCCAGCCUCCGGGGAGGAUGGUGAGCGGGAGCGUGGGGCAGCUUGCAUCCGGGGCCCUGCGGCUUGCAUGGCAGCGAGUGGGCUGUGCUGGUGGCGCGCACACGCGCCGCGCUGCAGCAUGCGGGACCUGCAUGCUGGGCUGGAGCAGCUUCGGCACGCCAGCCCCGGAGAGAGCACUCGGCACCAGGCAGCAAGCGGCGAGGUGCUCGUGCGGUUGCCUUGCCCCUACCUCUGCAAGCCGCAUUUCGGGGCCAGGCAGAAGCCGGAGUGCCCGGCCGUUGCCACAGAACUGCCCGGGAGCUGCAGACUGUGGGGAGCACAGUGGUGGGCCCUGGGUGCUGGUGCGGGCCCGAGCCUGGGCAUGGGCUGCAGUUUCCCUGCAGCCUUAUUAGCCUGCCUGGUCGCUGCGGCAGGAGCCCCGGCUGUACUGUUGGAGCGCGAAGGAUGACUGAGACAGGGCACGUGAGCGAAAGGCGAAGGGAAGGCAGUGAGGGGCAGCGGGACAAGGCUGGGGAGGAGCCAGAGGGCUGAGCCCAGCCGGCACAGGAUGGCCAGGCCUGGGGCAGGGUGCUGGGGUUGGUGGCACAAGCCGGAUGGGGAUGGUGUUGGCAGGAGGAGGGCACGCGGGCGCUGCCUGCUCCUCCCCAGGGCUGCAGUGUGCAGACGGGCAACGCUCCUCGCAGAGGGGGCCAACCCUGGCCCCGCGGGCAGGAGUGUGAGGAAGGCACGGUGCGGGCGGCUGGGAUGCGGCGCGGGGAUGUGCAGCGUCUUCCCGUCACUGCCUGCACCCCCGGAGCACCACCCUUGGGCUCCUCAGGAUGGCUGCUGGUUUGAGAGCCUUUAUGGUGCUCUCGCAUCAUGUUUUCAAGCACUUCCCUGCCACCACAACCCUCUUCAUAGACAAAUCUUCCCAUUUCCAGGCAGUCACUUGCUCCCCAGCCUGGUUGGGGGAUGCAGUGCUGGCCGCUGUCAUGUGCAGCAAUGCCGCACGUGCAGCCCCUCGAGGGCAGCCAGUCCUCCUCCUCCUCCCCAAGCCCUGGAAGUGCACCACUAGCUACUGCAGGGGCUGCUGUGGGGCCAUUUGGUGGCACGGUGUCCGGGUUGUGCUGCUGGUGACCCUGCUCCCGGGCACCGUCUGGGUUUGCAAUGGUGGCUUCAGAGGGCCAGCUGGCCCCAGUCCGUGGGGGCAGAGGAAGGGGGCUCGCAGGCCCCCGCCCCCAAACGCCGUCCAGAUGGCGAUGCAAUUCCAGCUGCGUGCUGAGCAAUGCUGGCAGAAGAGGUGCUGCGAGCCGCCUAGUUGCCACGUGCUGCAGGGCUCAGCGUCCGCGUUGGGCUAACACGGGAGGAGCUGCAGGGCGCCGGGAGGAAGCUGCUUGGGCAGCACGGGGGUCGGGCGGCUGGGCUAGCAACGGCAGGGGCACCCCCCGCACAGGUGGGCCCCUCCGUCUCUCCUGUUCGCAUCCUCCAGACAAGUGAGUCUAGGGUCUCAGCACCCCCCGGAGCCUGCGGCGCUUGUGGCUGGUAGCCCUGGCUGCUCCAAAGGAUCCAGAGCUUUUGUCUUUCCUGCAAGUGCGUUUGUCAGCUGCCCGCUGCCGCGGUCUGUGCGAGGCCGCAGCCGAUGGGGUGCGAGCCCGUCCUGACGUCCGCCCCGCUGCUCGCAGGAGCAGUGGAAGUGGUGGGGAUCGGCACGGGCAUCUUCCUCUCCUGCCACCCUCCUGUCCUGCUUCUGCUUAGCUUUGCUGCUUCCCGCUGCUCUCGCCUUCUCCAGCUCUGUCUCUGCUAGACCUGCCUGCAGCUACCCCGAGCCGAGCAUCUCCCGGGCUCCGGCCCCUGCCCUCCACCAGCCCUCGCCUGCCGCCGCGAGGGCCAUGGCUGCGCUCUGGCCAUAGGCGGGGGGCUGGAGGGGAGGACGCGUCCCCACGCCCCAAGCAGCGGGGCGGCCGGGAGGAGCGGGUGCUGGUGGCGGGACACACCGGGUGCUCCUGUCCUGUCGCCACCGAUGCCCCUGUACGCUGUGUCCUGCCGGCCCCGAGCUGCGCUGCCACAAGCAUAGCUCUGCUGGCCUCCGUGCCAGGGGGUCCUGGUGUCCCGCAGCCACCUCUCAGUGCUGGGAGGUGAAGCAGGAAGAGGGUGGCCACCAAGGGCCACCCAAAGGUGGGAGAGGAGCCUGGUCCCCAUGAGCGAGGUGGAGAAGGGGCUGCAUGAGACGUGCCGCGGGCAGGGCAGCGAGGCGGGGAUGAGCUCGGAGAGGGGUUUCCGUGCAGGUGGGCAGCCCGUCGCAGGGGUGGCAGGAACUGGGCCGUGGGCACAGGGGGCAAGCGCAGGGAGAGGGGGAGAGAUGGGGCUGGACCAAGCGCAGCCCGGACUGCUGCGUCGCCCCGCUGCACCACGGGUUGUACACGUGUAAAUCGUCCUCCCCCCAGGGCAGCGCUGCCUCUGAACCGCCUCUCUAGCCUCACACUUUUGUUAUGGACCUCGACUGAGGAUUUAUAGCUCUAUUUUUUGUCCUUUCUUUUCCUACAACUGUCGUGUUACUAACUGUCGACUCAAUCUAUCUGGGAAACCAGUCUGUCAAUGUAAGUGCACUUAACCCUUGGGUGUUGUCAUUAGGUGAUCAGCUUUUGCUAAAUAAAUCUUUCUAUUUCUCAAGG